GAUUGGCUCAUUUCUCAAACUUUUCACACUGCCGAAAAUGGAAGGGAUGGCCAUUAACAUGUUAGAUCACUUCUUACUCGGUGUUUCGGCUCACAAGUGUUCCUUCAAAGACCACGAUCGCGUUGCGAUUAAAAGCUACUUUCUGGACGCUUUUCGUGCUCAGCUAGCUGAACUAGCCGAAAACCCAGCCUCCUUGUUCGAGUGUUCGCAUCAGCAGCAACGACAAGAGCAAGAAUGCUUGCAAGACGUGUCAGGCGUUUCUCCGUUGGUGUCUCUCGCUCCGCAGGAUGUACCUUGGGCGCAGAUGAAUGUGCAGAGCUUUUUUCCUGAUGAGGGUCAACUACAUCUUUGCCAACCGUAUGUAUUCGGGACAGCAGGAGAACGACGAGGAAAGGCAACUAACAAGGAAGCGCCGUUUGCUCUUGAAGUAUCCUCGUCUAGCAAGGAUCAUCAUCUUGCAUCAUCAGGGACAACAUUGGAGCCAGCAGGACCACCAGAUGGAGCACCUUCACAUGAGUCUUUCGUUGACGAUAAUAAUAAGGAUUGUCCGGUAGGGCAACUAGGUGGAGGUGAUUUUUUCUCGAUGAAUAUGAAUUUCCUAGCAGGAGGAUAG